AUGCCUGGUCUACUCCGACAGGAACCUGAACAAGGCUACCAUAUCUUCGAACGGCCUAUUGAAAGCGUAGCCGUAGUUGGUGCUGGACCAUCCGGUCUCCCCGCCGCUCGUCAUUUGCACGAGGCUGGUUUCCGGGUCCGGGUUUUCGAACGCCAGCCGUAUGCAGGAGGGACUUGGACGUUCGAGCCGGACCUACCUCUGCAGCCCAAGUAUCCCUCUGUCCCGCCCUCUAUUGGCGAUUUCGUUCCUUCUCUACCACCGGAGAAUGCCGAACAUCUACCGUUUGAGAAGGUGCAGAAAGACGAGAACAGCGAGGAGAGGAAGGAGUUCUCUCCCCCAAAUCCGGUGUACCAGUCCUUGACAAACAACGUGCCAACACCAUGCAUGGAAUUCAAAGACUUCCCGUGGCCAGAGGGAACAGAAUGGCACGUAAGCCACACGGACAUAUCCAAGUACAUCCAGUCGUACGCGGUCCACUUCGGGCUAAACGAGUUCACCUCCUACCGCACGCGGGUCGAGAACAUCUCCCAGCUAGAUCCUCCUCCGGGUCAGUCACAGCCACGCUGGCGACUGACACUGCGCCGCGUGGAGGACGCGCCGGCCGAUUCGGCCAAAUCGACCUGGUGGACGGAGGACUUUGACGCUGUCGUUGUCGCGUCAGGACAUUAUGGCGCGCCGUUCAUUCCGAAAAUCGAGGGAGUAGAGGCGUGGGCUGAGAGGUGGAAGGACGACAUCAUCCAUUCCCGCGCAUACAGGAGCGCGGAGGAUUAUACUGGCAAGACCGUCCUGAUCGUCGGCACUGGCACAAGUGGCGUCGACAUCGCCCGUGAUAUCUCUCCUCACGUGACAAAGAUCUACCAAGUGCGGAGGAACCAACUCCACGGGCCGGAUCACUACCAGCGCCAACGCUCUUUCCAGCUCAAGAUGCUGCCUGCGAACGGAGAACACUUACCUGAGAUCAAACGUUUCCUCCCGCUAAGCGGCGCGGAGAAGGACUUGAGUGAAUGUAGGGUUGAGUGUACGGAUGGGCGGGUCGUGGGCGGGUUUGAUAAGAUCAUCUUUGCCACUGGAUAUCAAUACUCAGUACCCUUCCUAUCCGACUACCACCUCGACCCGAACACCUUGCCCCACUCCCCACACCAAGCGCCCGACCGCGUCUUAGUCACCUCCGGAGCAGGAGUAUCCAACCUCCUCCGAGACGUGUUCUACAUCCCCCAGCCGACGCUCGCCUUCCUGGGCCUGUCGAUCAACACUGCCACAUUCUCGUUCUUCGAGUUCCAGGGGCUGGCGAUCACUAGGGUUUGGCAGGGCUGGGCGAGGCUGCCGGACGAGCGGGGAAGGAGGAAGGAGUAUGAGAGACUGGUGGAGGCGAAAGGCGGAGGAAGGUUUAUGCAUCUCAUGGGGCAUGAGAACGAAGUCGCCUAUGUAAGGGAGACGGUGGAUUGGCUGAACGCUGACGGGGCACGGGUCGGUGCUCCGCUCAUCGAGGGGCAUAGCGAGCGUUGGCUAGAGGUGAAGAAGAGCUUGUUCGCGGCGUUGCUGAAGAAGGCCGGACUGGACCCGAAGGAGUUUGGGGUGAAGGAUGAUGGGGAGCCGCCUGCCAGGGUGGGGGAUGGAGUGGAUGGCAUGAUUGAUCCGGGAGAGGUGAAGGUACAGAAGGACGUCGAGCGAGGAGGAAAGCCGGAGAGCAUUGAACAUGCUGCCGCGGCGAACGGCGCACCAGUGACGGUGGCGGCGGCGGCUUAG